CUCAAGAGUUGUGGUGCUGCCGGCGUUUUUGCUGAGGUUGCUGUGCGCAACCGGUUGCUAUGGCCGCACCUUUGAUACCUCGCGGAGAGGAUGGUUUGAUCAAACAGGAGCAAAAGAUGCCAGUGAGCUUCUUUCCCAUCAUCAUCGCUGUCUCUGUGACCAUGGGGCAAGCAUUGGCUUGGCCUAUCUACCUCUUUGGACAUCGCCAGGCUUACGACGCUAAGAUUGACAUCUUGGCGUCCUUGAACUUGGGUUGGUUGUACCUGGCCCUCCUGGUGGUCUAUUACACCAAGCAGAUUGUCUCCCAACAUGCCUCCUAUGUGCGCAACCACGCCAAUGUGUCCUUACCGAAUCACACGGUGCACAAGGUCUUUAUCCCUGACGGAGGAAAACAGCUGCCCUACGUCCUCCUGGAGGAGGAUGGCAUGGUGGGGAAAGCCAACCGAGCUCAGCGAGGCUUUGAGAACUUGAUGGAGUAUUUGCCGAUGUAUUUGGUCUACCUUUGUGCCAUUGGCUUUGUGUACCCUUUCCCGGCCUUUGUGAAUGCGUGCGUCUUCUUCUUUUCGCGCGUGAAAUAUGCCUUCGACUACACCAACGCCACAGCGGCUCGAAACACGGGCUUCGCGAUCUAUGGGAUGGCUCAAGCAUGCCUUGAAGGCCUUUUGCUCAUUGCCGGUGUGAAGGCGCUCUUGAGAGCCUAAGAGCAGGAUGAUCUGAGAGUGUGCUAGCUGUGUUAACGUCUCACGAUAGCGUGGGGGAUGUGCUAUGGGAAGAUGAUAACAGCGACUCUUUUGAGGUGGGUAAGCG